UUUAAUAUAUUAUUUUUUUAAAUAUCAAAAAAUAUAUAUAUUAAAAUGUCGAGAGAGUCCGGUAGAAGGUCCGUGGAUAUGGCGCCGUGAACCAAAGUUUGAGGAAAGGCAACGCUAAAGCCACCUUCGACGGUUCGACCUCACGCGGUUCUCGAAGAAGACACUCUGUCUCUUCCUUUCCUAGUAUCCCCGAUCAAUUCAUGGGCGACGCUUUGACGAAUCAAAAACUCGACCAGUACAUGUCAGGUAGAGGCGACGCGAAUCUCGAAACUCUUGAAAGUUUAUUCGAGGAGAUUGAUGAAGCAGGAAUGGACGGGGAGCCUACACCGCACAGCAACGACGUCGAUGAGGAGGCAGGUGAGCCCGAGACCUCUCAAGGUCCGGACAAAGGUAAAAAAAAUUAAAAUCAGAUUUAUUUGUUUAUUAUUUUGAAAAAGAAACAAAAGAUGGCAUAGUUUAUGGAACUUGUAAAUAUUGUGCCACCGUCAUUAAAAUGGGAGUUUCCGGCGGUUAUGGUGGUCCGGAAAAACACCUAAGGUCGAGGCAUCCGAUCCCGUGGAGUACGCCAAAUACGCGGAGAAAAAGAAGGGACGACAAGAAGUGCAAACCCAAAUUUCUCGGUUUGCUAACAGGGGUAAGGGCGGCCUUUUUGCUUAUAGCGACGAACAAAAUAAGCAACAAAUGGCCGAAAUGAUUUGUGAAGAAACUAGAGGUGACAUGACUAUAUUAUUUUAUCAAAUGGGUAACGAAAAUAGGCCAAGAAAGUGAAUAAAGUUUGACCCUGUGA